AUGAGCGCCGCGCAGCUGCCGAACAGCACCGCCGGCAGGCCUUUUUGCGGCGGGCGGCGCGCCAGCGGCGCAGAGUACGCCGACGGUGUCACGGAAGCGCAGCUCCAGGACGUCGUCAGCCGUGGCGCCACCGUUUCCCUCGACGCCGAAGUGCAGGCGGCCGCCCCGCAGACCGAUCCCCCCGAACUGUUAGACCGUGGGCCCUUCGAAGAGAACAUCCUGCGCAACUUAGAUUGGUGGGACCUUGUGGAUGUCGAGCAGGCCUUGCUGUGCACAGUGCGGACUUGGGAGGGCGCCCAUCCUUCCCUCGACCAUUCACUGGAGGAGGCCAAGGGUGCUGUCCUCAAAUGUGCCGCUGAAGCUGGGCCGGACCGAGAGCGGGGCUGGCGCCUUCUGAUGCUCUUCGACCGCCUCCUGUACGCCCGCAUGCCGGCCAAAUUGCGACCCCAAGAUGUCACCGCGACGCAGUGGCGCAAACGAGUAGUCGUGGACCGUUUACGGCUCUUCUGGCGGGGCGACUGGAAGGCUCUAUGGGAUGAGGUGCACAUCACCUGCAGGGCGAACUUCAGCGAUGAGCCCUCCGAGGACGACGACUUGAAGCGCCUGGUCGCCCGCAUCGAGGCACUCGGCGCGGCCAACGAGUGGAGCAAGGCGCACAAGGCUGCCGUUGGCUCCGCCCUCCUCGUCACAGACCCGAACGAGCCGGACAACGUGAAGGGGAAGUUCCCUCCCGAGCAGGUGCGCCGGCCCGAGCCCAAAGUCGGAAACGUCGAUGAGCACAAGGACUUCUGGGAGGCGGUUGGCCGGCAGGUGCAACGGGACUGCAAACGGUUGCCCCGCAAGGCAGGUCCUUCCCUUGACGGCAGCCGCUUCGAGCAUUGGGCAUCCUCUUCGGCGGACUCCGACUACGCGAAGCACCUCGCCAUCGCGGCCGUCCAGUUCGCCAGCGGCCAGGCGCCGGAUUUUGUGUACCAAUGCGCACGAGCUGGGCGCUUGCUCAUCCUCCGCAAGAGCGACGGCGGCAUCCGCCCCUUGGUCAUCACCGCCGCGCUCCGGCGCAUUGCACUCCGGGCGGUGACCAAGGUGUUGAACCCCCGUGCCACAGCGCAUGUGGGUGAGGAGCAAUACGCCAUUGGCAGGUCGGGCCCCGUCGAGUCGAUCACCCACGGCAUCCAAGCAGACGUGCUCCAGGACAGCGAACGAGUUGCAGCUUCCCUUGACAUCAACAAUGCUUUCGGCUCCAUGAGCCGCGGUGUCAUGGCCGACGAUGUCGUCACUGCGUUCCCAGAGCUGGCGAACCUCGUGUCCGCCUUGUACUGCACGGACACGCCCUUGAUGUGGGAGGGCGGCGACGGGGAGGUUCAGACCAUCACCGAGCAGACCGGCAUGGACCAGGGGUGCCCUUUCUCGCUGCUCGCUUUCGUGGUCGGCCUCAAGCGGGUCCUCGACCGAGCACGCGCCCUCCUACGUGACGCUGGCCUCGACGGUGGUGUCCGCUUCCGGGCUUACGUCGACGACAUAUAUGUCACAUGCGCCGCUUCGCGCCUCCCCGCGGUCCUCGCAGCCUUUCGCCAAGCCUUGGACGAGUCCGGCAUGACGCUCAGCGAGUCCAAGCUGAAGCUGUGGGGCGUCGAGCGCAACAUUCUGCCGAUGGACCUCCAGCAGUACCACGGGGAGACGCUCCAGGUCUUGGGGCACGCUGUCGAGCGAUCCAGCGGGCAGAUGCACACGUUGUGGCUUGGGGACUCUGGCGGGUCCUUCGCUUCGGUCACGGCCGCCCUCAGAGCUAACCUCGACAGGCUGUGGACAUUGCACGCGGAAGGCGGGCUCCCCAAGCAGGUAACGCAGGCACGGGCGCGAUUGGCCGCGCAGUCAAAGCCACAGCACGUCCUGCGCGGCGCCGCCAUCUCUGCCGAGCAAGCCAGAGCCUGCGACGCCGUGGUCGAACACUUCUGGGCUCGACUGCUCGGCGAAACCGGCAGUUUCGACGCCCACCGCAGGGUGCAGCUACACCUGCCAUUGCGUCACGGCGGCCUCAGCGUCGGCGGGGUGGAGGUGCGUGCCGAUGCUGCCUUCCUUGUCGGCACUCUCGGGGCCUUGGGCGAGUUGAUGAGCACGGUUGGUGUCAACACCGUCGCGGAGCUCCGGCACGUACUCCCGCAGCACGUGGAGGGCAUGAACAGCGCGGUGACCAGCCUGGAUCAGAAGGGGGCGCGGGAGCAGACACGCCUGUGGCAGAGCGACCAGCCCCAACCCGUCAAGGGUAUGCAGCGAGUCUGGACUCGAGCAGUCCAGCGCAACCUGCACGAUCAGCUCCUGGGGUCGGCCACGCAGCGCCAUGCAGCGGCUAUCAGAUCCGCCUCCACUCCGGAGGCCAGCCGCUUCUUGGACCCGCCGGGGGCCGCCUCCGACAAGAUGACGGACGCGACCUUUCAGAACCGGUGGCCGGAUGGGACUAAGUGCGGCGUGGAGUUGGACGACGAGGGCCACCACGCCAGCAUCUGUGAGAUCGGUGGUGCGCUCGUGCGCCGGCACGAUGGCAGCCGUGACCUCGUUGCCGCCCGGCUUGUCGCUGAUUUGCACGCCCCAGUUCGCACAGAGCAGCGGUGUCACCACCUUGACAAGCUCAAGCCGGAUGGCACGAUGUCGGAGGCACGCUUAGACAUCGUUGUCGAGCUGGAGGGCACCACGUUCUUCCUCGACGUCGCCAUCGUCGACGUGUUGAGCACGGACUCGGCACUGGAACGGCAGCGUGCGUCUCGAGACGGCGCCGCUGCAUGCCGCAUGGAGGACGAGAAGCGGACGAAGUACCCCAGUGCCAACGUCGUGCCCCUCGUGAUUGAGAGCUACGGGCGAAUCAACGUGAGCGGCAUGGCAUGGUUGCGCCGGGCGUACCGGGACAAGCCGGAGCUCUUCCAGAGCUUGCUCUGCGCAUUGAGCCACCAGCAGGAACCCCAAGACAGGGGGUCGGGCUGA